AUUUUUAUCUUCAAGCGAAGUAAAAGUCUAAUGGCUAAAAAACCGGAUCAAGAUCCUAAACCAUCGAAGUCUAACGAUGGUGAUCCUGAAGAGUCCUCUCCAACACAAGAUGAAACAGACCAGGAAGGGUACAGUGCGACUACAAUUCUCCAAGGUGCAAAUGAAAUCGAAUCCUCUCCAACUUCAGCUGAAAAAAAAAAGGAAGGGAAAAGUGUGACUACAAAUCUCCAUGGUGAAAAUGAAAUCGGAUCCCCUCCAACUUCAGCUGAAAAAAAAAAGGAAGGGACAAGUGUGACUACAAAUCUCCAUGGUGAAAAUGAAAUCGGAUCCCCUCCAACUUCAGCUGAAAAAAAAAAGGAAGGGAAAAGUGUGACUACUAUUCUCCCUGGUUCAAAUGAAGUGUCUAACAAAGAGACCAAGAAUGUUGCUGCAUCAUCGUCACCUGACGAAAGCCCGGAAGCGUCAACUAAUGAUGCAACUGGAACUGGAACCAAACGCAACAAGCAACAGCCAAAAAAUGAAAAGAAAAAACCGGGCGAGGGUGGGGAAGAAAGUGAUGACUCACAUGCAUGAGGCAUGCAGGCAGUCCUCGAUUGACUCGCAUGAUGCCAUGAUGACUUGAUUUGGGUUCGAAUCUUUCCUACGUUUGUUGAUGUUGUAGCUGUUGUUUUUCCUUUGCCUUAUUUUUUUUUUCCUUGUUUUCUGGGCCAAUAACCCUACUCCUAGGAUUAUGAAUGACUUCGGGGUUGAAUGAGUAGGUGAAUGCUGGUUGUGUAUUUUUAUUUCUUAGUAUGUUAUGAGUGAAACUAUAUUCUGUUGGGAAAUUUUCGUAUCAACAAUGGAAACAUUGAAGUAA